CUGAAGUUAGGUUUGGCAAAGAUUUUGUUCGGUCCUUAUAAUAGUUCAGCAAAUGAAAUGACAUCACUGUUUUGUGUAUUUCUGUGAAUCUAACAAUCAUGAAGAAGGCAACAGUUCUUCAUACACGGAUAGUGAAAACGAGCCAUUGAGCUACGGACUGCUGAACGCACACCAACCAUUCAGAGGGCAGUACAGCAGCUCGGAGAUUUAAGAUCCCGCGGAAGACGGCUCGAGGCAGAUAUCGGAGGUGAACAGAGGUGAAUGGCGAACGUGUGGUAUAAAGUCCAUAAGGUCAAAAAAGAGACACAAAUUGAAUGAGCAAGUCAUUUUUGUUUCUGUCAGUGAAACAAGGCGAUGGAAUCGGCUUCUGUGGCAGACACCGGGAAAAUGCCGAGCAAAACGAACCCAGACCUGCAGAAGGAAAGAGACCGAGCUUCAUUUGACAGUUUGCAGAUGACAUAUUUUUUGUACGACGGACCAGAAAAAGUUCGAAGGAGGCGGUUUAUUCAGAACUUGGCGUUGUCGGAUCACAAGAUUCGUCAGAAGAAGUUUACUUACCUGACACGGGAUGAGGCUUACUCGGAGAGCAUGCGUAAAGCCGUCUACCUGCAGAACCGGAUCAAAGAGCUCAACCUCACAGACCCUUACGAGGUGGCGAUCUUCAAUUAUGCAGCCACUGCACAUGAGGGGAGCCCAUUAGGUUUGCAUUUCAGCAUGUUCUUGCAGACCCUUCAAGGCAUGGGCACAAAGGAGCAAGUGAAUCAUUGGGUGCCCAGAUCUAACAGGCUGGAGAUUAUAGGGACUUAUGCUCAGACGGAGCUGGGUCAUGGCACAUUCAUAAGAGGAUUAGAAACUACAGCAACCUUUGACCCUAAAACAGACGAGUUUGUGAUGAACACUCCAUCACUCACAUCCAUGAAAUGGUGGCCUGGAGCUUUGGGGAAGACAACAAACCACGCCAUUGUCAUGGCACAGGUUUACACCAGGGGGCAGCAUUGUGGAGUGUACCCAAUCAUUGUCCAGAUUAGGAGUCUCCAGAAUCACCAACCAAUGCCAGGUGUGACGGUGGGUGAUAUCGGGCCAAAGUUCGGCUAUGCUGCCAUUGAUAAUGGUUUUCUUAAACUGGAUAAUGUCAGAGUUCCCAGACUGAACAUGCUGAUGAAACACGCUGUGGUGGAAAAAGAUGGUACAUUCCGUAAACUUGCGUACGACAAACUGACUUAUGGCUCCAUGAUGCUGAUUCGAAGUUACAUUGUUUAUGAUAUGGCACGAUCACUGCAACAGGCAUGCACCAUUGCUAUCCGCUACAGUGCCGUGCGACGACAGUCUAAAAUUAACCCUCAAGAAAGGGAGCCCCAAGUCCUGGACUUCCAAACACAGCAGUCCAAGCUUUUCCCACACCUGGCCAAGGCGUACGCCUUUCAUUUAGUCGCCACAGAAAUGAUCUCGCUGUACACACGGAUCAGCGAGGAUGUCGCCAAGGGAGAUCUGGAAAACCUGCCAAAGCUUCAUGCACUCUCAGCGGGCCUGAAAGCGUUCACAUCGUUGGUGACAUCGGCAGGUAUAGAGCAGUGUCGCAUGGCUUGUGGUGGUCACGGCUACGCCCAGCUCAGCGGACUCCCCAAGAUUUACGAGAAUAUCACUCCAGCGGUGACAUAUGAGGGAGAAUACACCGUUAUGGCACUUCAGACAGCUCGGUUUUUGAUGAAAUGGUGCACUAAACUUCAAAUGGGAGAGACGUUGCCAAACUUCAUAGCAUACCUGGGGCGCAAACCCAACAGACAAUCAUCUCUGAACAGUGCAUUGAAUGAGGAGAGUUUGCUGGAUGCCUUUGAGUACAGAGCUGCCAGGUUAAUCUUGGCAUCGGCUCAGAGCAUUGCUGACCUUACCAAGCAAGGUCACUCACAAGCAGAAGCCUGGAAUUUGUCAUCAGUGUUGCUGGUGGACACUGCCAUGGCCCAUUGUGAGGCAUUCAUUGUGAAGGUGUUCAGUCAGCGGCUGUCAGAGCGGACCCUUGAUGCAGGCGUCCGACGGGUGUUGACAACUCUGUACAGACUGUAUUGCUGUUCAUCCAUCAACAGUCACCUUGGUGACUAUCUUGUGGAUGGUUACUUAAGUGCUGACCAAGCCAAACUGCUGAAGGAAAGGGAAAUAAGCCUGUUUGCUGAUUUACGACCAGAUGCAGUGGCUCUGGUUGAUGCGUUGGACAUGCCAGACGAAAUCCUUGACAGUUGUAUUGGGCGGUAUGACGGAAACGUGUAUGAGGCCAUGUACAAUUACGCCAAGAACUCACCACUCAACAAAACUGAAGUCCACGACUCGUACUACAAGUACCUCCGUCCAUUGAUCCAGGCUGGGAUGGCUCAGUCCAAGCUGUAACAGUGCAUUAAUUCUGUCCUGUAAAGAUUUCACCACCCAUGCUUGACCAAGUCAUGACAGCUGAUGUGUAUGUAUAGGCGGGAAAUUACAGGAUUACAGAAUAAAACACUGCAAAUAAAAACUGUUUCCUUCAGUCAGGAACCUUUUGUGUAUAUGUGAUGAAAAAAGACGUCAGGUGUUGUAUGAUGAAUUACUUUUGACAUUGUGAAUAUACAUGUACAUGCAUUACACAGAGGAAGGAAUGUUUUAUUUAUUAUUCUAACACACCUAGAAGGACAGGUGACAUGUAGAACCUUUAAUGAAUUUUCCAUGUGGAUAGUAAGAAAAGAAAGAGAAAACAUAUCAGUUCUUAACAUUUCAAAUUUUUACAAAGCACUUCAAUGAAUUCUGUUUAUAGGCCUAACAUCCCCAGACCAAUGUUGUUAUAAGAAUUGCUUUGAAAGACCAGUCAUUCACCAUCUGGAUGUGAACAUAGCAUUUCUUGACAUGAAGAACCCUGUUUUCUUAAUGUGCAGUUUGGUGACCCCUUGAUAACCCAGACUACUUGUAUUGGCAACAGUAACCAGAAGUAUCUGUAUUGAAGAAUUCAAGGAAGUUAUUCACUCUUUAUUUUGCGUACAAAUUUUAAUUUUUACCUUUAAAUACCGGUGAUGUGUUAUUUUUAAAUAGUAUUCAUAAUACAUAAAUAUGGGUACAUAAAUAAGAGGACUAAUGUUAGGGCUGAUCGAUUCUACAAAGUCAUUUCUGAUUUAGAAAAAAAUAUAAGACCUUGUCAUAGUGCUUUGUUUUUUGUACCGGUUGUUUUAUAAUAUUUCAAGUUUUUACUGAACUCAGAAAUAGUUGAUUGUGUAGAUUUGGCCCCUGUAUACCUAGAGAAGUGUCAUAUUUAAUGCUCGGGCACAGAAAACGACAUGAUCAAAUGAACAUUUUAACA